AUGGGUGCCAAGCUCCUUCUCGUUGCCUUUCUCGUCAUCACCACUGCCGGCCACCCCAUCUGGGCACAAGUGGUUAAUGAUGUGGUGGAGGUUAUCAAGGGGGGACUUGAUGGCUUGUCAUCCACGUUCGAUCAAGCAGCGGACAACCUAGCCCAAAUGUCAGAUAUUGUGCUCGACAAUAUUGUGAACGAGGAGACUGGACCGACUGCGACAGCCAAUGGGACAAAUCCUUAG